AUGGAUAAAGCUGACCACGUCCACGCCGAAGUCAACUGGGCUGAGGACAAAGCAACCGGCCUUAGUGAAGAGAAUGAUCCUGAUGCCCACCUAGGCGCAGAAGAGAGAAGGGCCAAGGAACGCCAGCUUCUCUGGAAAUUGGACGUCAGGCUAAUACCAUGGCUCUGCUUGCUGUACCUGGUGUCCUUCCUCGACCGCACGAAUAUUGGAAAUGCAAAGAUAGCAGGUUUGCAGAAGGACCUGAAGAUGUCCAAUGGACAAUGGAAUGCGAGCUUGGCGAUCUUCUUCAUUUCAUACUCAGUAUUCGAACCUGCUUCGAACAUGCUGCUCAAAAGACUACGACCCAGUAUUUACAUUCCAAGCCUGAUGAUACUCUGGGGCAUCGCCUGCACCUGCCAAGGCCUCAUCAACGAUUUCUCGGGACUCGCUGCCGCCCGCUGGUUUCUAGGUCUCUUCGAAGCUGGCCUGUUUCCUGGAUGCAAUUUCUAUCUAUCCUGCUGGUAUAAAAGAUCCGAAUUCGGCAUACGUUCAGCACUGUUCUUCAGUGCAGCGGCACUUGCUGGCUCAUUUGGUGGCCUCCUAGCAGCUGCCAUUAGUAAAAUGCAUGGUGUCGGCGGCAAGGCUGGCUGGGCUUGGAUCUUCAUUCUGGAAGGACUAUUGACUAUUAUCGUCGGCAUCGCUUCGUACUGGAUGGUCCAUGACUUUCCUGACACGGCGACAUUCCUGUCUGCCGACGACCGUGUGAGAGUCUAUCACCGUCUUAAGACGGACCAGCAAUCCAGCGCUGAGCACGAGGCAUUCAAGUGGAAGUACUUUUGGGCGAGCGUGAGAGACUGGAAGACGUACACUGCUGCCCUGAUAUACAUGGGCUGCGGUGCAGGUCUGUAUGCGUUCAGCAUUUUUCUGCCUACGAUUCUAGCCGAACUUGGGUACACGUCCACGGAAGCACAACUUCUCUCCGUCCCACCUUACACAGCAGCUGCUGCACUUACCAUUGCGAUCGGCAUCAUUGGGGACAGGACCAAACAGCGGGGUCUAUGCGCGAUUGCCGUCGCUCCUUUGGGCGUGAUCGGCUUUGGACUGCUUCUCAGCGACGUUCCCGCCGGUGCCAAGUAUGCAGCGACAUUUCUCGCGGCGAUGGGUAUUUACCCCUGCAUCCCAAAUACAAUCAGCUGGGUUGCAAACAAUACGGAAGGUGUGUACAAGCGCGGCGUGACGCUGGGGUUGGCGAUGGGAUGGGCGAAUCUGCAGGGCUGCGUUGUGACUAACGUCUAUCGCGGGACUGACGCGCCGAGAUUCGUUCCAGGGCACGGAGUUGUCCUGGGAUACUUGACCAUCGCGAUGCUUGGUGGAGCUGUCUUGCAUUAUGUGCUGCUUCGGCGGGAGAAUGCGCUUCGUUCAUCUGGAGCGAGAGACCAUUGGAUUGAAGGCAAGACUGAAGAGGAGAUUAGGUUGAUGGGCGAUAUGAGGCCGGAUUUUCUCUAUACUCUGUAG